GUAAACAUCUUACCUACCAACAAAUGGCAAAUGGGGAAAUCACUCAAUUGGUGAGAAAAAUCAUGAAGGUUAGGAGGUGGGAUUCGACUUAAAAAAUUGAGAAUUAUGAGAAUCUAAUAAAAAACUAAGAAUGAUUAUAGGGAAUGGAGAUAAGGGUAACAUGCUGGUUUCUGAGAGAGACAGCAAAAUAAAAAAGAAAGGAAUAUGAAAAGCCAGCCAAUAUCACCUAUAUUUCUCUUAGUCCUUUUCAUCCUUUGCAUGUGUAUAUGUUUGUGUGUUUGCCUGUUUAUAUCUCUAUAAAAACCAAACACAUCCUCUGCCAAAGCUGACACAGACUCUUGUUGUGACUCUCUAUCUCAUUUUUUCUCUUCCCUUUCCUUCUUAUAUUCUAUAUAUACACACACACAUAUAUAUAUCCAUCUUCUGUCUCAUGAUUCAUACACAAAAAGGGUAUUAACCAAAAAUCCAAGUUUUUGGAAACUGCAGCAGCAUCUGAUCUGCUGCAAGUUUUUGAGCUUAUAUAUAUAUAUAUAUUGUAAUCGAGUUUGAGGAGAAAAUAUAUAUUCCUGAAAUGGGUGAUAAAAAAUCUUCAUCUUUAGUGUGUGAUUUAGGAGCAUGGACUAUGAAUGUUGUGAGCUCCGUGGGCAUUAUCAUGGCCAACAAAGAGCUCAUGUCGCCUCUCGGUUUCGGUUUUGCCUUCGCAACAACUUUAACAGGCUUCCACUUCACUGUGACUGCCCUGGUUGGCUUAGUUUCAAAUGCUGCUGGUUAUACCUCAUCAAAGCAUAUUCCGCUUUGGGAACUUGUUUGGUUCGCAAUUGUUGCAAACACCUCUAUUGCAGGGAUGAACUUCAGCCUCAUGCUCAACUCUGUUGGAUUUUAUCAGAUAUCAAAGUUAAGCAUGAUUCCAGUGGUAUGUGUGAUGGAAUGGAUUCUUCAUGGAAAACACUAUUCAAAAGAAGUGAAGAUGGCUGUUGCAGUGGUGAUUGUAGGUGUGGGAAUCUGCACAGUAACUGAUGUCAAAGUUAAUGGCAAAGGCUUUCUCUGUGCCUCUUUAGCAAUCUUGUCUACUUCCUUCCAACAAAUUACAAUAGGAUCAUUACAGAAGAAAUACUCAAUAGGCUCUUUUGAAUUGCUGAGCAAGACAGCUCCAAUCCAAGCAAUUUCUCUCCUCAUUCUUGGUCCCCUCAUCGAUUACUUCUUAACCGGAAAACUUCUGGCAAACUUCAAUCUCACUUUUGGUGCAUUUCUAUUCAUACUACUAUCAUGCUCCCUAGCAGUGUUCUGCAAUGUCAGCCAGUACCUCUGUAUCGGACGGUUCUCGGCCACAUCUUUCCAGGUUUUAGGCCACAUGAAGACUCUGUGUGUGUUGACAUUAGGGUGGUUGCUGUUUGAUGUGGAGAUGACAUUCAAGAACAUAAUGGGGAUGGUACUUGCUGUUGUUGGAAUGCUGAUAUACAGUUGGGCUGUGGAGGCAGAGAAGAAAGCUGCAGCUUCCAAGAUUCAUCUUCCCCUUGUCAAACAACAGAACCAGCAAGGGGAAGAAACCAGCAGACUGCUUAGCAAUGAGGGAAAGGAGCAGAGUCUAUUGAAAGAUGUUGAAUUUGGUGUGUCUAGAGGAUAGCACAUCAUUUUCUUUUCUUCUUUUUUUGGCUCCAAAAAUUUAAUUCCUUUUGGGAUUUUAUUCUCACUAAGAUCAUUCUUUUUUCUUUUUUUUCUUCUUUUCUACCACUAAUUUGUUUUUCGAACAUAAUUAAUGCAAUACUUUAUUUUUCUUA